AUGACGAAAUGGCAGCCAAUCGGAGACGUCAGUGGCCCGUCGAUGGCACUGGUCAAGACUGGUGCACUGCGCUCAGGUACCUCGUACAUGACUGCGCCUGCUGCACCUCGUUCACAUCUCCGAGCUUCGAGCCAGCUUCAAUCUAUUUUCAAAGCACAGGCUCCGACAUUUCGCAAUCAUGGCAGCGCCAGCGUCGGCAUACAAGGUACCCAGACUCCUCCCGCAACUAGACUUCAGCUUAUGAUCGCUGUGCAGGACCGGCAAUUCAUAGCAGUCAUUGGGGACGAAGACUCGGUUACCGGUCUAUUACUUGCUGGCAUUGGACACAUCACCGACCCUCCGGAUUCUCAGAAAAACUUUCUCGUGUGCGAUGCAAAGACAGAAAAGUCCCAGAUUGAGCAAACAUUCAACAGAUUUACCAAAGAGCGGAAGGACAUUGGAAUAGUCCUAAUAAACCAGCAUAUUGCGGAGCAAAUUCGAGACACCGUCGACAGAUUCCAAGAUCCGUUCCCUGCUGUUCUCGAAAUCCCAGCUAAAGAUCAUCCUUAUGACCCAGAGAAGGACAGCGUUCUACGGCGUGUGAGGAGACUUUUCGGCGAAUAG